AGGAAGUCUCAUCAACCAGCUAUCCCAGUUCAACGGUACCCGGGUCUGUUUCUCAUUGCUGACCUUGUCUUAUUUUAUCUUUAUACUUGGCCUAUCAUGCAUUUAUCAGGCGUCGCUUUUGCGCUGUUUAGCCUUGCCUUGCAAGCACAGGCAUGUUCUCGUGUGGCAUUCAACAGCGGGCCGGCAGUUCAAGAUCGGAUCGUGGUCGGACGAUCUAUGGACUGGUUCGUUGCCACAAAUGCAAGCAUCUGGUCAUUCCCGCCAGGCAUUGAGCGAAAUGGCAACGCGGGCUCCAACUCGCUGACAUGGACAUCAAAGUACGGAUCAGUGAUCACGGCCAUGUACUAUGUUGCUACAGUCGACGGCAUUAAUACAGAAGGCCUGUCAGGCAACUUCCUCUACCUGUCAGACAGUAAUUACGGCAACCGGGAUCCAUCUCGGCCAGGCCUCUCGGUCGGUGGCUGGCUCCAAUACUUUCUCGACAACUACGCCACCGUGGACGAAGCCUUCAAAGACCUGUACGACGAGGAUGGCGAGGUCAAGUUCCAAGUCGCCACGGCCGAGAUCAUCCCAGGCACACCAUCGGUGGGCCAUAUAAGCUUGACGGAUCCCAGCGGUGACAAUCUCAUCAUGGAAUACCUCGACGGAGUGCUCACCAUCCAUCGUGGCAAGGAAUACCCGGUCAUGACCAACUCGCCUCCCUUCGAACAGCAAUUAGCAGUGGAGAAAUACUGGCUACCAAUCGGAAACCAGUCGUUGCCAGGAACACGACGCGCAGCCGAUCGCUUCGCACGGUUGUCAUAUUACAACAACGUGACAGCAUUGGCCGAAACCGCUGAAGAAUCCAUCGCCAUUGCAGCUUCCAUGAUCCGAGCCGUCAGUGUCCCAUUCUCCCCUUCGGUUCCAGGCGAACCAAACGUCGCAUCGACCUUGUGGCGCACAUAUGCCGACACCGUAGCAUUGCGAUACUACUGGGAGAGUGCCUUGGCACCGAUGUUCCUCUGGAUUGAUCUGCCCAGCAUCGACCUCGCCGCCGGUGCUCCCUCCAAGAUGUUGGAACUACAGAAUGUCGAUGCUACCACCCGGGUUGGGAACAUGGAUAAUAGCUUUGUCGACACGCCAGCAUUCCCGUUCUUGGAGGUUGAGUAAAGGGCGUUUUAUUGAUGAGUACUUUAGGUGUUGGGGGGAGGGUAUUCUUCAUCUGUACAUACAUACCCUUUUACAUAUUACUUUUAAUAAUUAGAGUUGUUGGCAAGGUACAAU